CCGAGUUAGGACCGUUGGCAAAAGUAUUAGCUCUGGAGAGGGAUAACCCCCAAUACUGAUUCGCCAUCAUGUCGAAGAACUGCAUGAUAACGUUCGACCAGAAUGAACACGGCACCUACUUCACCGGCCAGGUGAUAACCGGCAAGGUGAUUGUCAAUCUGAACAAGACCAAGAAACUGCGAGGGAUCAAACUGCAGAUCAGUGGCUAUGCACAGGCGCAGUGGCGAAUCCGCAGACAUGGUCGUGCCGUGGCCAUUCAAAAUCCCAAGAAGCGAUCAAAGCACCAGUUCAGCGGACGGGAGGACUACAUAGCCUCCACCACGUACCUCAUGGGCUCCGAGCAGGGCAGCAACUUCAACAUGGACGCCGGGACGUACACCUACACCUUUGCCUGCCCCAUUCCCAGUCACUGCCCCUCGUCCUUCGAGGGUGCCUACGGCCACAUCCGGUACCUGGCCAAGGUCACCUUCCUCAAGCCGGGCGCCUCCAAUCGCACCCACAACGUGGGCUUCACGGUGCUGAAGCUCCUGGACCUGAACCAAGAGAGCAAGAUGCUCCGGGAGCCGGCGAGCAACGAGGCCGUGGAGUACUUCUGCCUGAUGCACACGAAACCCGUGCAGCUAAAGGUCACUCUGCAGCAGCAGGGCUACGUCCCAGGUCAGUUUAUGCUGGUCCACGCCCAGGUACGCAAUGAUUCGAGCUCCGAUUGCCGCAAACUGCUGAUUAUGCUGCACCUGCGAGCCACUUACACGGCGGACCAGCCGUCGCUGCGCACCACCUCAGAGAAGAUAAUGCUGGUGAAGCGGGAGUGCGGACCGGUGGCCCAUCACGGACAGAGGACCUACACGGAAUCCCUGAGGAUCCCGGCCACGGCACCCACCUGCGAACACCUGAGCAAGGUGGUGCGGGUGUCCUACGAAGUGCGCGUGGUGGCUGUGAUGAACUGGCUGAUGGCCAAUCCGCGGGUCAUCAUCCCCAUUACCAUCGGCAACGUUCCAUUGGCCACUGCGGUCUCCGGACCGGACUUUGCGCCCUCCAACGCCUAUGCCGCUGGAAGUCCCCUGCCCGCCGAUUUGCCCUGCACCUCCACGAGGGCCAUGGAACUGGCCCAGAUGUCCAGCAGCGGGGUCAGCAACUCCGGCUACGAGAUGAACGAGGAUCUGGAGGACUUUGAGUUGCCCGAAGACGGAGACGAUGAGCUGGAGGCUACCGACGAUUUCGUGCCAGAUUUACCUCCCCCCACGUACGAGCAGGCCAUGUUUAUGACCACUGAUAUUGCGGAUACGGACGCAAACACCGUCAGCGAGUCCUCCCGGUUCACACCCCGCUACCCGGUCUUCGAUGUGGACACCUUCCAGAGUCCGCCGCCAAAUCCUCCGCAGAAGAAACGCCGCCGCCGGCGCAGACGACCCGCCGAUCCCGGACAGUCGAAGCAGCGUCCGGAGAAACAGCCCGUGGAGUCACCCGUGCAAAUCUAGAGGUGUUUAUCACGCCAAAUCACAACUAUAUUUUAUCUCGGCAGUAUUUAUUUCUUUCGGUUCGCCAGUGUACUAACCAAAAUGUUUAUAUGUAUAUCAACAUACACCUACAGAAUGGUAAAUAAACAAACAAGAAUAUAAAA